AGCUCGACGGCAUGAUUUGUUUUAUUGAUGAGUUCUACUGCGAAAGUUGACAGAUCGUCAGUGGGAAGGAUAAGCGUCUUAAUAAGAGUCGUUAAUGAUGCACUCAUAACUACCUUGGGGAGCGAUGUUGCUGUACUUGGUUUCCUGCCCAUGAUGGCUGCUAAGCGACAGUCAGCAGUCUCCGAGGAGUGGGAAAGGGCGUAGAAGGAAACUUCAAGGUUUACCCCGUCACGACGCUCGAUAUUGUCCACAGCAGAGGUUUCUUCAAGCAUUCACCUGCGGAGAGCCACAGGUCACCACCAUUGAGUAAAGUGUUACCCGAGCAGCGAAGAACAGUUGAAAGAUCUUAACACUGUUUUGGUCAUGUUCUUCAACCCCUCGAGAGCGUUAUCAUACGCGUCACCUUGAGUACGGUUUAUUUUAUUACCUUAUUGAUGCCUAAGUCGGGUCCGGCGGCUUUCGCUGGUGGACUAGAGUCGCCUAUUGCAGAGAAGGGCUACGAAACGACACGAGAUAGACCUCAAUGGAACUGUUUGGUUGACCUUUUGCCAGCCGGCUCACAAACGGCUGCUGUGUUCAAUGUGAUGAAGGCUACGUUGGGAGCGGGAAUUUUAUCUCUCCCAUUUACUAUGCUCUCUGCUGGCCUUGUUCUUGGGCUUAUUCUCCUCAGUGUUAUGGCUGGGUUGUCUGUUCUUUCAGUGGGACUAAUCGUGAGGGUGGUACAUAAGAGCGGCCGAGAUACGUAUGAGGAAGUAGUUGAUCUCCUUUUUGGUCGACGAUGGGGAUUCCUUUAUCAGUUGGCUAUGUUUGUCUUUUGCUUCCGCACAAGUGCGGUGUAUAUAGUUACUAUCUACGACAUUGUAAGUCCUGUAACAAUUCAUGCCUUCGGGAAAGAUCCUGAGGUGUGGUAUGCAAUAAUUUUGACAAACAGGAUGUACUUCAGUGUGUUGGUAACAGUGAUAGUACUGCUCCCUGUGUCGUUAAUGAAGACUAUUAACUCUAUUCGUUAUCUAACUCUCACCGGUUCCCUCUGUGCAUGUUUUCUAGCGAUAACAUCACUGUACGUGGUGACACGCUACGGUGCGGCCACGACUUUCACUUCGGACAUGCUAUGGAAGCCUUUGAACGUGUCGUCACUUGUGAGUGCAUUCAACACGUACUUAUUCGCCUUUGCAAAUCAGCCUAAUAUACCUGAGAUUUUUACCGAACUUUCUACUCCUACACCCCGCACUAUGCGCAAGGUUACACUCAUUAGCAUAUUCUCGGUCCUGCUACUCUACGCCGUGGAAGGAGGUCUAUUCCUCGUUGCCUAUGGUACGAAUACAAAGUCCAACAUCCUCACCAGUCUCGGUGAUAGAUUGAAUGAAGGCGACUUGGUGGUCGCUCUAGCAUUUCUGAUGACGGCAGUGACGGUCGUGAGUUCAUUUCCUCUGAAUAUCUACCCUGUAAGAAUCACCAUUUUACACUCCCUACGACCAGAGAGGAAUAAGACUGUGAUUGGUAUGGUUGUUUCUACUCUAACUGUCGUCUUAGCUCUCUGUGUUGCUAUUAUUUUACCCGAUGUCAACGUUAUUCUGGGCGUGGUUGGAGCUAUGGCCGGCUCAGUGAUAUGCUUUCUAACUCCGNNNNAGUUCUAUAGACAGCGCACUCUCUAA